CCCGCCGGAAGCACUCGCGCGCCCCGGGGCCAGCGGCGCACCGGGGUCCAGCGCUCGGGGCUGCGCUGCAUUUGAGUCCCGCCAUCCGUGGCUCUGCUCCGUAUGGAUCCCGCAGAGCGCGCGCAGGCGGCGCGAGCUCGGGUGCCCAGGAUCGAUCCAUACGGAUUUGAAAGGCCCGAAGACUUUGAUUAUGAGGCUUAUGAAGAAUUCUUUUCCGCGUACCUAGUGAUACUCACCAAGAGGGCGAUCAAAUGGUCCAAACUUCUGAAGGGAAGCGGUGGUGUCCGAAAAAGCGUGACAGUGAAGCGCUAUGUCCGAAAGGGAAUCCCACUGGAGCACCGGGCCCGUGUCUGGAUGGCUGUGAGUGGAGCCCAGGCCCAGAUGGAUCAGAACCCUGGAUAUUACCACCGACUGCUCGAGGGGGAAAGUAGCCCCAGCUUGGAGGAAGCCAUCAGGACAGACCUGAACCGGACUUUCCCUGACAACGUGAGGUUCCGGAAGACAGCAGAUCCUUGUCUUCAGAAGACGCUGUACAAUGUGCUGCUGGCAUAUGGACUACACAACCGAGGUGUGGGGUACUGCCAGGGAAUGAAUUUCAUAGCAGGGUAUCUCAUCCUCAUCACUAAGGAUGAAGAGAAGUCCUUUUGGCUCUUGGAUGCUCUUGUUGGAAGAAUCCUGCCUGAUUACUAUAGCCCAGCAAUGCUGGGGCUGAAGACGGAUCAGGAGGUCUUGGCAGAGCUGGUAAGGAUGAAGCUACCAGCGGUGGCAGCCCUGAUGGAUGGCCAUGGUGUGCUGUGGACGCUGCUGGUGUCCCGCUGGUUCAUCUGCCUGUUUGUGGACAUCCUGCCUGUGGAGACUGUGCUACGAAUCUGGGACUGUCUAUUCAACGAAGGCUCCAAAAUCAUCUUCCGGGUUGCUCUGACCUUAAUUAAGCAACACCAGGAAUUUAUAUUGGAAGCCAGCAGUGUUCCAGACAUCUGUGACAAGUUCAAGCAGAUCACCAAAGGGGACUUUGUGAUGGAGUGUCACACGUUCAUGCAGAGGAAGCAAUGGAAUUCUCCAUGGUCACUCCAACUCUCAAACAGUCCAAAUUCCUGCCCAUCACACCAAUAGUGUAAAAAAGGAGACACAAGAGGAGCCUACUGAAUACGGUCUAAAUGAGGAAAAGGAACAGAGCCUCACCAUCCCAAACUGCAGCUCCAGGACACUGUUCUUGCUCUCCACAUUCAGGGUCACCAUGUUAGCACUGCAUCUUCCACUAAAUGUGUCACCUGGGUUGAUGUUGACCGCUCUGGUUACAGUCUGACAAGAAAAGAAAAGGAGUCA